CUGUUGGUGCCGUUCAUCCUUGCAGUUCCUCCAUGUCCACUCCUACCUCCUGCCGCCGUCUGUCCAUCUCAACUCUAGUAGUGCUGCUCCGCGUUUCACUUCUCCAGCUUGCCCAAGGAAGGCUCCUACCAGAGGACAAAAACGAACUGGAUGACAGCAAGUCGUUCUUCAUCAAAGGUGGCAGCGGCGGGGAGGGUGGCGGACGGGGCUUUGGUGUGAGCAUAGGCCAUGGCGGACACGACGUGUCCAUCGCUGUCGGCGGUGGGCUUGGAGGCGGAGCUGGCACUGCCCGUGGUGGCAGUGCAAGUGCCGGUGGUGGCGCGGGUGCGGGUGUUGGCAUUGACGUCAGCCGUGGUGGUGUGGAUGUGGGGAUCGGCGGAGGUGGGGGUGGGGCCGGUAGCGCACACGAUGUGCAUGUAGGAGGUGGAGCUGGAGGUGGUGUCGGUGUUCAUGUCGGACGUGGUGGGGCGAGCGUGGGCAUCGGAGGAGGCGGUGGUGUUGGAGGUGAAAGUGGGGGAAACAGCGGUGGCAGCUCCGGUGGUGGUGGUGGCAUUGGUCGUGCUGGUAAUGCGGUGGGCGGUGGCGGAGGGUCUAGUAAAUCAAAUGGUUCUACCGGAAGCGGAGGGGGUAGUGGAGGUGGGUCGUCCAAUGGAGGUGUCGCCGGUGGCUCCGGCAAUGGUGGUGGCCAAGGUUGAUCGAGUUUGUUCACUUUAAGACCGAGAUAUUGAUAUGUGCUCACAGGUUAACUGGAAUUGGGGCAGUCCCAAUGCCUGUGGGCUUCAUAGGCAAAAUCAUGAAAUGCCAUAGUAUAUUUUAAAAAGAGAAAGUGAUGAGUUGUAUGUUAGUGGAGAUACAAUUCUUAGCUUGGUUCCCUAUGCAACGUGAUCAACACUCUGAUACAGUCGAUGUGGCCAAGGUUGAUCUAGUUUGUUCACUUUAAGACGGAGCAAUGAAUAUAGAAUGGAAAUUGUUGAUAAUCUAAUAUCUUAGAGAGAGAUGUUGUAUAUGUAAGGUACGAUAAUAUGCAAGUAAUUUGUGCUUAA